GCGCGCCGCGCCGCCCGCCCGCCCGCUCCGGGAAGCCAAUGGGAGCGGGGGAUGUUAGCGGUCGGGGUGGGGCCGCGUUGCUACAGCAGCGGCAGCCGGAGUCGGAGCGCGCCAUGGAGGAGCUGGAAGAAAAUGAUAUUACACUGCCAGCUGGAGAUCUAUUACCAUGCAAGAUUUGUGGAAGGACAUUCUUUCCACCAGCACUGAAAAAGCAUACACCCAUUUGCCAAAAAACCGCUACUAAGAAAAGGAAGACAUUUGAUUCCAGCAGACAGAGAGCAGAAGGAACUGAUAUUUCCACAGUAAAACCUCUAAAGCCACGGCCAGAACCUCCCAAAAAACAGUCCAACUGGAGACGAAAACAUGAGGAGUUUAUAGCAACUAUACGAGCAGCCAAAGGACUAGAUCAAACUCUCAAAGAGGGUGGAAAACUUCCUCCCCCUCCUCCACCUUCAUAUGAUCCAGAUUACAUUCAAUGCCCAUAUUGCCAGAGAAGAUUUAAUGAAAAUGCAGCUGACAGGCACAUCAAUUUCUGCAAGGAACAGGCUGCACGUAUUAGUAAUAAAGGAAAAUUGGCUGCUGAUGCAAAAGGGAAGCUGCCUGCUCGAACACAGUACAAGCCUGCUACAGUUAAAAAGGCACCUUCUGCAGGAUCAACACCAUCCUCAUCACGCUUACCACAGCCAAGUAACGUUAGCAAAACUGUUGUAGGUACACCUACGAGUAAAGUGUUAUCUACAGGUGGGCCUUCUGGAAGCAAAAUUCAGACCUUAUCUCCAGCUCAUAAAAAUUCAGUGAGCAUGACAAGCCCACAAGCAAGUAAGACGGACAAGUUAGGCCCACCACUGCGAACUGGAAGAGAUGUGCAAAGGUUGUAUGACAGUGAAACAAAAACAGACAGUACCGUCAAAAGACCAAAUGAGUUGUUGCCCAUUAACAAACCCACUGUGAAAACUCGAAUAUCAACCCCUCCAAGUAUGGCAAAAAACGCGGGCACAGGUGCUCUAGCAAACAAAAGGAAAGUCUAUAAUUCAGAAAGUUACUCAAGCAGGUCUGAUGGUAAAAUUGGGUAUGAUAGUGGAGACUACUCAUCCUCAGUCAAUGGAGGAAGUACAAAAAGCAGCAAUGAAAAUUCACCUGUACAGUUAUCAAAAUUUUGCCAUGAAUGUGGAACCAGGUACCCUGUGGAAUGGGCAAAGUUCUGCUGUGAAUGUGGAAUUCGAAGAAUGGUUGUGUGAAUGCAUUCAUGAAGGCAAACAAAACAAGCAAACAAAAACAAAACAAAAAGAAAAAAAGAAAGAAACCCAGAGCUUCAGUUGCAUAUUUCAGCAUGGAAUGCUGGAGCACUCCUUCCUGUUAGAUUUCAUGCUGCAAACAUCCUGAAACACCAUGUUGUAGUAAUUUACUGAGUGCAAUCCUUUUGGUUACAUAGUUAUUUAUAUAUAAAUAUAUAUACUGUAUAUAAAAAUAACAGGUACCUAAAACUGUGCCAUUCAAGGAGACUUUAAUCUCUGUUGGAAAGUAUUUUAAACUAAGUAGUGAUGUGUUUGGCAACUUAGCAAAUAGAAAUGGAUCUUUUUGUAGAACCCUAGUAUGUAAAAUAUUCUAGUUAUGAAACAUUUGGGCUAAAAAAUGCUUCUGAAGAGGAAUCAGAUAUACUUAUGGGACACUAACUAAGAAACUGUCUUUUAAGGAAAUAUGAAAACUGCAUGAGCAGCUCCUAUAACUUUCUAAUUAAAAUACUAAAAGAUUGUUUUUGGUUAAAGAGAUUAAACCAUACUAUUCUAAUGAGCUUCCAUGGUUAUUUUCUGGCACUGCUUCUAAAAAAUUUGCUAAAGCAAAUGUACUGAAGUGCUGUGUGAAAGUAGUGUUCACCUAUGUAAAGAAUAAUAGGAAUUGAAUAAGAACCAAUGAAGGUUAUUACAUAUUUACAGCCAGCAGUAUGGAACCAGGCGUUUUUUUUUUAAGCUACGUUUUUCAUAAUGACAUGCUUUCCUUUCCACAACUGUCCACAUGCAUCUUAUCCAACAGCUCCCAUCUCUCCUUCCAGAGAUGUCUGCAAGUUCCUGCUCCCUUCACUUCCCUCCUCUUUCUCUAGAAGGAAAGACAAAAUAAUUUACUCCAAAAUUAAAAAAAAAAAAUUCUUGGAUAUGUAUUGAGAUUUUCCAGUGGAUGGCUUUAAUGGAUUAUUAUCAUAGAUGAUGAAAAUAUAAUUUGUACAUCCAUUUUUUAAACAGUCCUUAUAAUGUAUCUAAUAUGAUAGAGGUCCAUAUAGUUAUAUGAAACUGGUACUGUAAGUUUUGAUAGAAGUCAUCACUUCCUUUAGUCUUAUCCAUGUGCAAAGGCACAGCCAUAUGUUUUAUGGAGCAAUUAUGCUUCAUGGGAUUGUAUGAAUAUUUAAUUAUUCUGUCUGCAAUUUCUGCGUUCUCCUGGGCUGUGUAUUGCAGCCAUUGAAGUCAAUAGCAAAACUCACGUUGACUUCCAGGAAAGCAGGAUCAGGCACCUUAGCUGUUUAACUUUUGUAAUAUGAUACCAAGAGGGGGCAGUUUAAAUAACCAGGCAAAAGCUGAGUUUCUUAGUCUGUAUCUGAAUUUAAAUGUUUCUGUUAUGUGACGUUGCUUUGAAGUGUUUUAAACUAUUUUGGUUUCCCAGGGAAAAACAAUCUGAAAGAAUCUGAUUGUGCCUUUCCCAAAUUAACAGCUGAUUUGUCCAAAAUUGUUAUUUUUAAUUCAUUGCUGCCACUAGUAUAGUACGUGUAUGAUUUUUGUUAAGGUGGUAUAUUGAAGCUUUUUGCCACAUAUGGUAUGACAUUGCAAUAUUUUCAAUUAAUGUAAUCCAAAAGUAAUAUUCAUAUUUUUGGAGAAUACAGAUAAUGGGGCCAAUUACAAACAAAAUGUAUUUGAUAUCCAUUUUGUGGUUACCCUUUUCUGAUUUUUAUGGAUAUCUUUAGGGACUUGAUGCUGUCAUUUUGUGGGCCCUAAAAUAUUAUUGCUAUUUUAGGAUGACCAAGUUCAGUGGUACAGAAUUGUUUUGUAAUCUUUCUGAGAAAUUAAAUGCUUCUAGGAAUUGUCCCUUUACCAGGUGUAUUGACAUCUUUUCUAAUUCUCCAAUAUGGCCACUGAGCUGCCCAUGUUUAGUGUAUAAGAGUGAAUAACUAUUAAAUGUGAUGUUAUAUAAUAGGUAGACUUGAUGGACUUUAACUGAAUUUGGAUGCUAGAAAUCAAAGUGAAUAGAAUGUCCUUUUGGCAGUUUCAUAUAUACACAUGGGAAUUACAGUUCUGCAUCCCUUGUGGACAUAAACCCCCAGGGAAAAUCUGCUCCAGAAUUACAUUAGGGUGUCCAUUGUCCUUCUGUGGGCCUUCUGCUCUGGUGUGAAGUGCCAAAGGAAUGUAAGAAUGAGCCAAAUAUGGGCUCAGCCAAGGGAUGCUGAAGAUUUAUAGGCCCAAUAUCCGAUUUAGUUUCUGUUCUUAUAUAUGUUGGCAAAUUAAAUGUUAUCAGUUUUUAAAAAAAUAAAUGGUAGCAGCCCAGCACUCAUCAUGAGCAAACCUGUAAUAACAGCAAUGUGCGUGUACUAAACUUUCCCUUUAUAUUGUAAGGAAACAGAUUAGUUUCAAACUUACAAGGAUUUUAUUGUGAAUAGUGAGAGGAGUGAAGGAAUUCUCUACAAAAUUAUGAAAGCCUGUCCUUUGAAACCAUAAAUGCCAGCUUUCACAAUUCAAUACAUACAAUACAUGGAUUUAUAUUCAUUGCUCUCUGAGCUGUUGUGUAAUGCAGUGCUUCAAAGUCAGGUUUUAGAAAAUUAUCCUAGAGUUAUGCACCAUUUAUUUUCUUUUAAUUGAAAUUUUGUGUGUAUUAGUCUAAAGUUUAAUUCAGCAUUACAACUCAGUAAAUUUAAACCUAGAUUAUUGACAAAAUGUAACAUUUAAUAAUGUGCACGUUUGAAUCUUCUAUAAUAAAGACAUGAAAACACUAACAAAAAAUUUGAUUAUCCAGUUUGUUACUGCAUACUGAGGCUAUAUUCAGUAUGUUAAGGUUUGUUUAUCAAAAUGUUUUUAUUAUCUAAUGUUAUAGAUUUUUCAUGUAUCCAGUGCUAUCUACAGAGGACUGCAUUGCAUACUAUAGCAGCACUGACUGCUGCCUUUCCAUCCAAAUGUUUGUUAGCAAACAAAAACGGAAUGGUUUUCAUAAUACUCAGUGCAGAUGAAACACAUAAGGAAUAUAAUUAAGUAUCAUAUAAAAAGCAAAAAAUAAGCAUGGUGAUUGAAGGAAGAUUAGUGAAGAUCUUGAAAGCUCAGUGUACAUCUCUCCAAGAAUAUGUAUAAGCAUAUGUUCUGUGUGAACUCUUCAAAAGUUAUUAUCCAAAAUUAAAUUAAUAAAGAUAAGCUAAUCAUUUUUAAUUAAAAUGGGAAGAAAACUAGAGAAGGAUUAUGAACCCCAAAACUUCUGAAUAACAACAUGCACUAACUGUACAUUUUAAAAAAGGUUCUCUUAUUCUGUAGGAGGGAAUUAGUGGAGGGUUCUUGCAUGAAGAGCCAGCUCUGAGGUGAAGGUUAAUGGUAGGUUCCACAGUUGCCAACUUUCACAUGGUAAAUAAACACCCGAUUUUCACAAUAAGCCAGAAAUCAAGCUAAUCCCAUUUCAAAACAAGCCAGUCCCUAAGAACCCCAACAUUCUAUGUGACUAGAUCCUCCCUCCCAGCGUGCAGUCUGCGACUGGGGUGAGCCCGCUGUGCACCUCUGACUCUCUCACCCCCUUGCCCCUGCUUGCCCUCCUUUACUCCUGCUUGCCGGGAGCCAAUCAAGAAAAAGAAGCAGCAAGCUACAAGCCCAACAUGCAACAAGCUAUAAACCAAAAACUCGCCAACAAGCAACUCACAAGCCAAUUAAGCCAAAAACAAGCCCAAUUUCUGUGUUUUUUUACGUGGGUUUGGCCCUGCAUGCCAUCUUGGCUGCCGUGCCUCUUCCCUGUCCUGAAGGUGUUGAGUGCUGCCUCUUUUUAGGAUUUAGACCACCAGCACCUAGAACUAGGGCCAUGAAAAGCAUUUCUGUGCCCCAGAAAGCAAACACCAGACUUAGUGUCUUGCCUUCCCCUCUGCCUGUCUAUUUCUCCCUCAGUCUAGCUCACAUUUUUCAUUAAAAAUUGAACUUUUAGGCGGAGCUUUUCAAAGGGAUUUGAAUUCCCCAUUACAUUUCCCUUGGUAGAUUUGAAAAUCUCAAUCUUUAAGGUUUGUUGCCCAGUAAUGAGACAGAGCUUGAUGUUAGGAGCUCUCCAUGGUGCUCUGGCACUGAAUCUGCUCCUACAGUGCAUCUAAUAAUCAGUCAUUCAUUGCAUAUGCUACAGCGAGUGAGGGAAACAGAGUGCUGACUGCAAAGUGCAUUUCAGCAACAGCCCCAAUGUUAGAACAUCAUGGAGGGUGUCUGUUACUGAGAGGAAGUGGCUCAGUGUUGUGAUGGUGCAGUGGUGGCCAGGGAGGAAUAGGUAAAAACCAUUUUUUCCUGAUGGAAAUAGCAGAACAGUAUCUCUCUGCAGUAGCUUUAAUGCUGCGUGCUGGCAUCCCGCAUGACUAGUCUACUGAACAUGAAAUCAAAUAAUAUUGUCUGAAUGCUAUAAAAAUCCCCUAGAAAUGUUAGUUAUCAAUCACAUUGAUUCUGUAUUGUAUGAAGAAUAAAACACUCCUGGUAGAAGCUUUCUGAAAUCGUUACUGGAAAAAUUGUGUUGCUAGAAAAGGGGCUAUUUUACUACUUAAUUGUAUUGUUUUUGCUAAGCAGUGAAACUUAAAUGGGAACAAGGUUUUGUGCUUGCAACUGCGUCAAACACUGAAAAUAAAUGUACAUGAAAUGAUGGUUAAUGAAAUUGAGUUAAUUUUACUUGCUUGCCCAAAAAAGAAUUACUUGCCUGGGGUGAGUGAGUGAGUAGAAUUUUUCAAGGCUCAUUUAUUAUUAAUCUGUGGGUAUGUAUCUUUUUUAAAUUCAAAACAUAAUGGAGUAGAGAGUUCUAUUGCAUUUUGAUAAGCACAGUUGAUUCAAAACCAGAUUCACCUGUGGUGUGUUAGUUUCUUUUUAACCCACUAGUAAGGUUAAAUUGUGGCCUCACUUUAUCCAUGUCUUAAAAAUAAUAUUUGGUAGGAAUUAUUAGCAUUGUUUAGUAAGUUAGCACUCACUCAGCUCCUUGAGACUUUCUUCCUAGAUGUACAAUAUGAGAGUUGGCUGGUACAUAUUUCCAGAUGAAAAAGUUAGGUUUUUUUUUUUUUUUUACUGUUUACACAUAUUAAAGUGCAAACAUAUUCAUGGGCACUAAAUAGAGCCAUUAAAUAUGUCGCAAGCAAUUGAAAAACUUUACAAAUUUCCCCCUUACAAAUAUGAACAUUCUUCAUUUGAUAUAUACUAAUUGAAAAGUAUUUUUCCCCAUGUAAAUAAUAGCCCUUGAGACUUAGUCAGAUGUAUUUUGAAGUUUCAUUCAGUUCAAAACCACUAAUGCAAAUAUAGUUAUAGAAUAACAGCAGUCUGUGCACCAUUUCUGGUGUGGACUUUUGGCAGAAAUAGUGUAGGAUUUGCGCCUGAUCCAAUGCUGAGCACUCAACAGCUGCUCUGGCGUCCACUGGAAUUUGUGUGUGCUUGUCCUCCUUUAAGCACUGGCCCUGUGUGUGUCUUUUAUAUGCAUCUUCAUAAGCCAACGCACCCAUUUAUUUAUUUUUAUGCCAAUGUUUCACCUGUUUUAUAUAAAUGGUUCAUUAUUGUAUCUGAUAUUAUUAGAGGUGUCAUUACUGGAUCUGUCAUUGUUUAUGCCUGGCACUUUAAUGUAUUGAAUACUCUCAUAUUUGUCACUAUAAAGAGUCCGAUUUCUAUCAAGUAGCUUGAGUUUCUUGAUCACUUAUUUGCUAUGUGAAGUUUGAAUUCUCAAGUGUCAAUUCCAUUUUAAUUUGCAAAUUUAAUUUGUAAAGAGCUUACCCUAUACAAU